AAAAUAAUUAUUAAGAUGGGGAAUGAUGCAAAGUCUAAAUUUUUGAAUUAAGAAUAUGAUGAAGAAUGGGAGAUAAUAGAUGCACCUAUUCCAAAGAAAAUUUUAACUUUACGACAAUCCACUUUGAAUCAAUCGAUUUUUACAGUGAUAGAAUACCAAUAACCAGAAACUGCUUAAAUAAAACCAUAACCUUUGUUUUCAGGAAAUCAUCCUGAAAAAAAAACUAAGAAAUAUUAAAUUUCUAAAAGAAUUCAAGAACUUUAACAUUAAAUAGGAGGGGAGACUCUUUUUGGUGUAAGAAAAGGAUAAGGACCUAUAUAAUUAGGGGAAGAAAAAUAAUAAUAAGUAUAUAAUUAUUUAUAAAUGGUAGUUAUAACUUGAUGAUAGACCUUAAUUUCCAAGAAAGAAUAAAAGAACUUCUGAUAGCUUGAUGAAAUUGCAAUUAGAUUGA